AUGACCGAAAGCGCAAGAGAAGACUACCUCACCGCCAUCCAAUGCCUCAAAGACCUCCCCCCUCAAACCUCCCAAACCGAAAAAUACCCCGGCGUACAAAACCGCUACGACGACUUCACCAUCGCGCACGCCAUCAACACAGGAACCGUCCACCGAUCCCCCUGGCUCCCCAUCUGGCAUCGCCACUACAUCUACGCCUUUGAAAAGGCCUUGCGCGAAGAAUGCGGGUAUGCCCACGGACACCCGUAUUGGCAUUGGUCGAGAUAUCUCGACACGGAUCCUAAUUCCUGGCCCAUGUUUGAUAAUUCCCCCACGUCCAUUUCGGGGAAUGGGACGCAGACGGGAGAGGCGUGUGCGUGUGUUAUGGAGGGCCCGUUGAAGGAUUGGAAGGUUACGUUGGGGCCUUCGCCAAAUGGAUGGGGUUGUAAGAGGAAUCCGAGAGAGGAUGGGUUUGGGUAUAAUCCGAGGUGUAUUGAGAGGACUUUUAAUGUGGAUAUGUUGGAGCAUUUGAGAUUUGAAGAUGUUGUCAAGACGAUUGAGGCUGAAGACCCCAACACCUUCUCCCGCCUCCUAGAACUCGAAUCCCCCUCGGUACACAACUAUCCCCACAUAUUCAUGGGCGGCACACAAAUCGAAGUCACCUUCUCCUCGCAAGACCCCUGGUUCUUCUUCCACCACAUGAUGGUCGAGUACAUCUUCGACAUUUGGCAGAGUCUCGAUUAUGACGUUCGCACCACCACAUUACCCGAUCCCGAAAUCUUCGAUUCCGCGAGGAGGAGGGAUCAAGGGUGGAGUGCGACUCCUAGGCCGAAUUUGGAUAGCGAGGUGUUUUUGUCCGAGGCUUUUGAAAAUGUUACUGUUAGGGAGGCGAUGUGGCCUACUAGGGGGAAGUAUUGUUGGAGGUAUGAAUGA